CUUAAUGGAAGGAUACACUCUGUGUUGCUAUUGAUGCUCAUGUACCAGGCUUGUAACCCUCUUCUAAAUCGGGCCUGGGCCCCGGCCCCCAAACUCCCUUCCACCCACAUGAAUUCGGGCCUCGAAUCAAUCCACCCCGACCCCUUCCCAGAAUUUGGGCCUCCGUCCAAACAAAGACAACCAUUGGAACUUGGAAGGAGUUGUUUUCUUUAAUCACAGUGAACUGCCAUAAGAAUAAUAGGUUGGUGAAUCAAAGCCAUCGUACGCUUAAGGAACAAAGGAAAUGUGUGCCGAGGAAGCCCUUCCCUAGUGAGCCAAACCAGAAUAAUCCCAAAGGGUCCACGCUACUGGGCAGUCAAGAAAGAGAUGAUCCAUGGUUUCCGAACAGGCCCAACACACAGUGCAUCUGGGAAGCACAAGAACCCGCUUCUCAAUAAGGGCCUCAGUAGUAGGCAGGGUCCGAUUAAGAAUCUGCCAGAGAAAGACUUUUAACUUAAGAGGAAUAUUGGCUUCCUACAAACGAAUCCAACUCGACCUAUCCAUUCAACUGACCAUAGACUUCCAACCCCCACGACGCUUACCAAGAGAGACUGCUAAGUGAUAGGCCGAUUUACGACAUGUUUGCAUUGUCGAUAUCAAAAGGCUCAUAAAAGGAAGGGUUGCACAUAAUAAACAUCCUCUGAAUCGCGAGGAUUUACAUGUAGUACCGAUCUAAGUUUUAAAAUGUAACAGAUCCAAAAGUCAAGUAAACUAAAAACUCCCUGAUUAAGAACUGUAUCUAUCACCGGGAAACUUCCCAAAUUAUAUUUUCUUUUCUUAUGACGGUACCUUCAUUUCUUAAUUCUGUGGGGGCUGUGUGGAAUCUGUUGGAAUAUCUUUCAAUCCAACUGACCUUUCUUCUUCAAUCCCUUUUCCCCCCACAAUGCUGCUUCCUAUUUCCAUCCCCAGUCCCCACAUCCUGUUUACCUGAAUAUUCAAUUCAAAGCUCGUACCAAGUUGUGGAUAAAUCAUCAAUGGUUCCCAAUUCCCAUCCCCAUUGUUUUUUACGACUUCUUCAGAACGGUGGGAAAUUAAAAAGGAAGUUUUUUUUUGUUUUUUUUUUAUAUCUCAUGUGCGCUUGUGCUCCAAUGUUGACCCGACCCUCCCCUGCCCACCAAUUCCGCCCCUUUUCCUUCCCUUUUGUCCCCUUUUCAAACUUCGCUGCUACCCAUAAAUGGUUCGAUUCAGGGCUCCUGUCAUUGGCUGGGAAGUUAAAAGCCGUUUCUUUCUGUUGGUCAUCUGGGUACCAGUUCGUGAGGAAUUCAAAGCUUUCUUGUCCGUUUCCAGAGAGGAUUCAGUCUCGUUUUCACACCCGAGUUGGCUCGUUCGGUCCAUAGAUAUACAAACAACUGAAGGGUUGCAGGGAAUCAAGUUUACGGAGAAGAAACCUUUUAAAAGUAAAGGGUAGUCGAGAGAUCUGUGAUUGCUCGGAGAUUUUGUUGGUUUGCUCGUCACGGGAAGUCUCACAAGUUCGUUGUUUCUUUCUUCCUUUGCUCCUCCGCCUUUUUGGUUUCUCUUUCUCACAAGACAAGUGCUGUGGAGAAGUAAAAGCAGGAAAGGGGAAGGCUUGUGGAAGGAAAAAGAUCCAAUCUUUAGCACAUAUUUCUCUGAUUGAAGCAAUCUGGUCUUCUGGGUAGUAUAUAACAGAGAGCAAAGCAAGUCCAGAAGCAUAGAAGAAAGAAGGAAAGGAAGGGAGUAUUUGAAGUUGGUCUUCUCCUCUGUUUUGCAAAUCUGGUUUUCUCUUCGCCAUGGACUAUUCUGGAGUAGUUGAAGUUAGCAGGGAUAAAAAUGGGAUUGAUGAGAUUCUACUUCGCAACCCUCGAGGAGCCUCAACUAGGGUAAGCUUGUAUGGAGGACAGGUUCUUUCCUGGAGAACUGACCAAGGAGAAGAAUUGCUCUUCACUAGCAGCAAGGCAAUAUUCAAGCCACCCAAUCCAGUUAGAGGAGGAAUCCCAAUCUGCUUCCCUCAGUUUGGCAAUAGAGGAGCUUUGGAGCAUCAUGGAUUUGCUAGGAAGAAAGUGUGGAUAAUUGAUGACAACCCGCCCCCAUUACAGCCUAAUGACUCCAAUGGCAAGUCCUACGUCGAUUUGCUUCUGAAGCCAUCUGAAGAUGAUCUCAAGUUGUGGCCUCACAGCUUCGAGUUUCGCCUGAGGGUAGCGAUAACAGCAGAAGGGAACCUGGCCAUGGUUUCACGCAUCAGGAACAUUAACUGCAAGCCUUUCAGUUUCUCAAUUGCAUACCAUACCUAUUUCUCCAUUUCAGACAUCAAUGAGGUGAGGGUGGAAGGACUGGAAACUCUUGAUUACCUCGACAACCUUUGCGAAAGGGAACGAUUCACAGAACAAGGGGACGCCUUGACUUUUGAAUCUGAGGUGGACCGUGUUUAUCUGAGUUCAUCAGAUGUGAUUGCUGUCUUCGAUCACCAAAGGAAGAGAACAUUUCAAAUCAGAAAGGAAGGGCUCCCUGAUGUUGUGGUAUGGAAUCCAUGGGAGAAGAAAGCAAAGGCAAUGGCAGAUCUUGGAGAUGAAGAGUACAAGCAGAUGCUGUGCGUUGAUGGUGCUGCAAUUGAGAAGCCAAUCACGUUGAAGCCUGGUGAGGAAUGGACCGGCCGUUUAGAACUCUCCCUCAUCCCUUCAAGUUGAUUGGUAUGCUGCUGGUGGACCAUCAAAAACACUGAUAAAGUAACCUUCUUUAUCUAAUUCAACCAAAUACAAAUGGACAGAGAUGGCCAAACAAGUAAACCUAAUUUUUUGCUUGCUUUGCUUUAUUUCCACAACUAAAGUGAUUGCUGAAGGUGAUAGUUACCUUAGUUGUGGAAAUAGACAUGUAUUCAUAUAUAGCUGCCUCUUUGACUUUUCUUUCUAUAAUGGUGGCAUGACCAAUUUUAGGGGUCUCUGCUAAGAUAGAGAGAGAAAGUGGAGAAGAGGGUGUUUACAAUAAAGUUAGAGAGAGAGAGAAUAUGGGUUAGUCUGCUUGGAUGGAGAUAAUAUGAGGUUUUUAUUUCUGGUGUUCUCCAUGUUAGCAGCAAGCAGGGAGGAGGAAGAAGAGUGUUAUAUUAUUAGAGCAUUUCUUUCUUCCCUUGUGUUAUGAUUUUUUGGUUGAUUUCUUCGGUUUUUAUUUAUGUAAUUUGGGGUUCUUUUGGCCUAAUUGUAAGUGUAUGUAUAUGGAUCUGUCCAUGAUUGUGUGCCAAUUGAGACAUGCUUUUCUGAUAAAUAAAUUGUUUGAUUAUUUAGUGUUCCAUGCUCACAAGGUUUUGUGUUGUUUUAUGGUAGUUUUAAUUUAAUUAUUUGUUAUGUUAAUAUUACCCAUUUUAAUUUAUAAUAUGGAGAUCCCAAAUUUAACUUAUAAAAGUUUACUAUAAUAUAUUUUUUUAUGGGAAUUUAGUAUAAUAUAUUUCAACCCGCUGAUUGUGGUGUGGAUCAACAAAAAGCUAAUUGCAACAAAAAUAAAGACAUUAUCCACAGGGCCCAAAAGCAUUAAUGGACCAGUAAGGCCCGGAUAUGGUCAUAACGAAACGCGCAUUAGCCCACUUGUAAAUUGGGGUGGUCUACAUGCCCACAUGCCCUCGGGCUCACUUUUCCCAAGAUACCCGCCCGCCUCACUUCACAUCUUUAAAUUUUCUCCAUUGCAUGCAUUUUGCCACAUUGGUAAAAAUGCAAGAUAGUAGAUUUGCAUUUAAAGGAUGGUUUAGGAAACCGUACAGGAGGUUAUACCACAAAAGUGAAUGGUAUGGUAACUGUGAUUGAACUGUUUCCUACUGUUAAAACUGCCUACCGUUUCGAGUCUGGUAUCCGAUAUUUCCUGUCCAACCGACCGGUACGGUAGGGUUUUCUAAACCUUGAUUUAAACCAUUGUGGUUUCUUUUUAUAUAUAUAGAAUUUGUGAUGAAACGAGAGAUCACACUGGAAAAAUGUACAUUGAUAAUCAGUAAUCACACUAGUCCAUCUUCGUCUCCCUUUUCCCGCUCUCCUCUUCGUGCCCCAACAUCGCCUCUCUCUUUCAUCGUUUUGUAGUAUGUGUCUCAUUGCCUUCUAUUUUAGUUGUUCCGUCAUCCAACACUCGCACAAUUAGUUCAGUUUUUUCCAUGACUAACAACAAAUAGGGAUGGCAAUGGGUCGGGUCGGGGACGGAUAGUGCAUAUCCGUUACCCUACCCAAAGUAGUUCGAGUUUUACCCAGAUCCAUACCCACAUAUGAAACGGGUAGAAAAUUAAAACCAUGCCCAUACCCGUUCGGGUUUCGGGUAUCCACGGUUAUCCAUGGGUAAUGAUUUCUCUUCAUAACUCCAACUAAUAUAUUAACAUUCACACGUAUUCUCACAUUACGCAAGAGGAAAAGUAUGACAAUAAUUCACUAGAAUGAAGAAAAUUAAUUAAAACAACACAAUUUCAUGAAAAUAUUAUAUUUAUAUGCUAAAUAUAAAAUAUGUUAGAGAAAAAUAAUGACUAUUUCUAGAC